UCUCAACCAUCUCCAUAUAUAUUCUAUAUUCUAUAUGCUUUAUCCUCAAACCAUUAACCAUGUACAGAGUAGCGAGCCCAUCUGAAUACCUGGUCAUCACCGGAGUUGGGAUCAAAGACAUCAAGCUUGCAAAGAAGGCAUGGGUAGUCCCCGGCCAAUCUUGCUCCGUCUUUGAUGUCUCUCCGGUGAACUACACCUUUGAGGUUCAAGCCAUGAGUGCCGAAAAGCUUCCCUUCGUUCUCCCGGCAGUCUUCACUAUCGGCCCGCGACUCGAUGAUGAGCCCAGCCUCUUGAAGUACGCCAAGCUCAUCUCUCCCCAUGACAAGCUCUCCAACCAUGUCAAAGAGCUUGUGCAGGGUAUCAUCGAAGGGGAGACUCGGGUUUUAGCCGCUUCUAUGACUAUGGAAGAGAUUUUUAAGGGAACCAAAGAUUUUAAGCAGGAGGUUUUUGAGAAAGUCCAGCUUGAGCUCAACCAGUUUGGGCUUCUGAUCUACAACGCCAAUGUUAAGCAGCUUGUGGAUGUCCCCGGCCACGAGUACUUCUCCUACUUGGGUCAAAAGACGCAGAUGGAAGCUGCCAACCAAGCCAAAGUGGAUGUUUCAGAGGCCAAGAUGAAGGGGGAGAUCGGUGCGAAGCUUCGGGAAGGGCAGACGCUGCAGAACGCGGCGAAGAUUGAUGCAGAGACCAAGAUCAUAUCCACCCAAAGGCAAGGAGAUGGGAAGAAGGAGGAGAUAAGGGUGAAAACCGAGAUUAAGGUUUAUGAGAACCAGAGAGAGGCUGAGGUGGCGGAGGUGAAUUCGGUGUUGGCGAAGAAGAAGGCAGUGUGGACAAAGGAGGCGCAGGUGGCGGAGGUGGAGGCGGCCAAGGCAGUGGCGUUGCGGGAGGCGGAGUUGCAGAGGGAGGUGGAGAGAAUGAAUGCUUUGACCAGGACAGAGAAGCUCAGGGCUGAGUUUCUUAGCAAAGCCAGUGUGGAGUAUGAAACCAAGGUACAAGAAGCAAACUGGGAACUCUACAAAAAACAGAAGGCAGCAGAAGCAGUCCUCUACGAGAAGGAGAAAGAAGCCGCUGCCCAAAAGGCAUCGGCAGAGGCAGCAUUCUACGCACGCCAGCAACUCGCAGAUGGAGAAUUGUAUGCGAAGAAGAAAGAAGCCGAAGGAAUCGUGGCGCUGGCGCAAGCCCAAGGCGUAUAUCUACGCACACUCCUUGAUGCUCUGGGCGGAAACUAUGCUGCAUUGAGGGAUUAUAUGAUGGUGAGUGGCGGAACAUUUCAAGAGAUUGCCAAGAUUAAUGCUGAGGCUGUACGAGGUCUGCAGCCUAAAAUUACCGUUUGGACUAAUGGAGGUGGUGGCGCGGAGGCCUUGGAUGGUGGUGGGAGUGGCGGCAGCACCGCAAUGAAGGAAAUUUCCGGCGUUUACAAGAUGCUACCACCGUUGUUUAGUACUGUCCAUGAACAAACCGGAAUGCUGCCACCAUCAUGGAUGGGCACCUUAACCCACUCGGCCCAUGACCAGUCUACCAUGAAUUGAGAAGUGUUUGUCUUGUCCAAUACUUCUCUUGGCCUAUUAUGUCUAAAAAAAUAAUUAAAAAUUUUAAAUUUAGUAUUAUUCAAAAUAUAUAGUGAAAUUUGGAUAGGGAUAUAAAUUGUUGAAUAA